AUGCCUCCGAAGCGCACACCUGCCGCCUCGCAAAGACCCGCAAAGCGGGACACACGAACAGUCAAGCGACGACGUGCGGUUGACGAAGACGAAUCAAACAACUCCCCAAAAGCUCUGAGGCGUGCACAACACACCGAGGCGCGAGCCGCACCAGACAAGAAGGCCUUCAUCGAGGACUGGUUAGAAGAAUCCUGCUGGUCUCGAAGAGCGUCGCCAGAGAACGAAGCCCAGCUUCUGGAAGUGUCGGCCAACAUGCACCGCAAACCUGCCCCCGUCUCUUCGUCUCCGGGAAACACCUUCGAAAGCCCCGUAUCAACCUCCAGAAAGUCCGAGAAAUCUACCACAAGUGUAUAUGUCUCGGAUUAUCGGGUAUCAUUGAGCUAUCGCAGCAUCUUCGUCGAGCGCGAGAAUCCUCCGCCAGAGUUGAUGCGGAGGGCGCAAAGACUGAUAUCGCGCUCGUGA